AUGCGGCUGUCCUCACUAUCAGCGGCGCUCCUUGGUGCGUUCGCAUGGACUACCAGCGCUUCCGAGUUCGAUGACGAGAACAUCAGGAGUAUCUCGCCUUACCUCGACUCGGAUAUGCAAAGCCGCUGGUACGACUUUGGCGGAGAUACCAUUAUUCGAACCGAUUCGUACAUCCGACUUACUUCUGAUCGUCCUUCGCAGUCGGGAUGGAUGUACUCGCGAGUACCCCUCACUGCGACAAACUGGCAGGUUGAGGUUGAGUUUAAGAUUUCGGGCAAGAACCAGCUCUACGGCGACGGUUUUGCUAUGUGGAUUACCCGCCAGCGUGCGCAGCAGGGAACUGUCUUUGGCGGACCCGACAACUUCGAGGGCCUCGGAAUCUUCAUCGAUACUUACAAGAACAACCGCCCCGGCGUCGUCUUCCCCUAUGUUAUGGCCAUGUAUGGCGAUGGCAAGACCUCUUACGACAAGUCCAACGACGGGAAGCACACUGAGCUCGCUGGCUGCUCUGCACGCGGUAUCCGACAUGCAAGCAUCCCCACCAAGCUGCGCCUUACCUACUUCCAGGACAAGCAGCUCAAGCUGGAGCUCCAGUACAAGGUUGAGGAUGAGUGGCAGACAUGCUUUGAUCUUGAGGAUCCCCCGGCUGUUCCCAACAUCGCCUACGUCGGUUUCACUGCCGAGACUGGUGAGCUUAGCGACAACCACGAUAUCAUCUCCGUCGCUGCCAAGAACCUGUACACUCAACCUGGCACCAGUAGCAACACUGGCAGCAAAUCCUCCAGCAGCAAAGGCAAGUCACGCAAGGGCAGUGGCAAGACUACCAGCGGCCAGAAGGAGGGCGGCAGCUGGACAUGGUUCUUCACCAAGAUCAUCCUGUUCAUCAUUGUUGCCGGUGGUGCGUACGUGGGUUACACAGCCUACCGAUCCAAGGCCAAGUCGCACAGGUUUUAG